CUCGACAUUACACUUCUCGAUUCGUUACGCAAACGAGUAUAUUAUGAAAACAAACCUCCAUAGCAAAAUUACUCGACAACAUGUUAUCAGCAAUGGUUAUCAGUGCCACAAAUAGCGUCCGUUGCAAAGAACUGUAUUCGACUGCAAAAGCUUUCUCUGCAUGAAGUCAUCCGGAAAGCUCAAAACGAAAGCUCACAGGCUCUGGCUCACAGGCACACCUCCAGAACGAGCAGACCAAACCCCCAAAACGAGCAGACCAAACCCCCAAAACGAGCAGACCAACCCCCAAAACGAGCAGAAUUUUUGUCUCCAUGGAAACUACCGAAUGGGCCAAUCAGAUUGAUGAGAAACGCCCCUAACCAACCUCCAAAACGAGCAGACCAAACCUCCAGAACGAGCAGAAUUUUUGUCUCCAUAGAAACGAAUGAAAAUAUUGCGCAAGUCUGCAUUCAGGAGCGAGGAAAUCGAACGAGAUCAGUGUUUAUUUAAUUUAUCAAGCGCAAAAAUUAUUAUGCGACUGUACAAAUUUACAACAGGACUGCGAUCUGAAAAAUAUAAUCUCACUGCAUUUAAUUAGUGCGAAAUUUUUACGUUAGUCGCGUGAUCGGUGUGACUACCCCUAGAUCCGCCCCUGGCCACUGCUGGCUAAAUAAAAUGGCGAAUGCUUCAACAUGCAGUGGUUCUGUAGAUGAUGUCAAAGAUCUUCUCACUUGCUCGUUGUGCUCAAAUAUUCUACAUGAUCCAAGAAGCUUGAAUUGUCUUCAUAACUUCUGUAAAGGAUGUUUGGAAAAGUAUGUUGGACGUCUCCGUGGUAGUGAUCAAAGCAUCCACACAUUUCCAUGCCCUAAAUGUCGUUUAAAGUUUAUGUUCAAGACACAACAAGAUUUCUCCGAAAUGACCAGUAAUUGCUUCAUCAGGAAUUUGCUUGAGAUUAUGGUUAUUCAACAAAAGGCCAAAAGUUCUACUGAAUGUUUUCGCUGCAAAGAUCUUGCUAUUAAACACUGCUCAUCAUGUGAAAUCUUCAUGUGUGAGAAAUGUUCACAAUUGCAUGACAUCUGGCCAGCUCAUAAGAAUCACAAUGUUUUAUCAGUACAACGACUAAGUGAUCCUGAGAGUCAAAUGAAAAUGAGAAGGAAGCUUCACUGCAUGAAACACAAGGACAAAGUGCUGGAUUAUUUCUGUGAAAGUUGUAAGGAACUUUGCUGUAUUGACUGUGUCGUAUUAAAUCAUCAGAAAUCUGAUCAUUUGUGCGUGGCUAUGAGUGAAGUUGCACAGAAACAAAAAGAAAUACUCUUUGAAUAA